GCGACAGCAUCACACUCAUUGUCAGUACCACAUGGUCUUUCACAUUGCCAACGACAGUUAAGCAACGGGCGUGCUACAAUUAUUCACUACUAUACUAUAUUAUUAUUAUUAUUUUCUCUUCUUAUUUUAUUUAUUUAUUUAUUUUUUUUUUCUUAUUUUCACCUCAUAUAUUUACCGCACCCUCUAUAACCAAAAUCUUUUAUUUUUUUAUUUUCUCUAUUCCUAUCUUUAUCACCACCCAAUUUUACCUUCGUUCUUCACUUACACCAAGGGUCGCGCAAUCCCCUACCAAGAUUUUAUUGUGCGCCAAAGGGAUCCGCCCACUAGAACGCACUAAACUAUAUUCUCUCUUGUAUUCAAGAAUGACUUAGAAGCAUCGUGAAACUCCCACGAUUCACGUGACAACAAUUUACCAAUAUUAAAAAAAUCAUAUAAAAUAUUAUCGUUUUUAUUUUUUGGAUUUUUUUUUUUUUAAUAUAAAAUAUAUAUAAUAAAUUUUUAAAAAUAAAAAAAAAAAAACGUUUUAUUUUAAUUAUUGUGAAACAAAUGACAAGUGUUUAUUAAAAUUAAUUUAAUUUUAUUUAGUGACUUGAUUAUAUUGUGGCUUGUGUUUUAUAAAUAAAAACAAAAAAAAAAAAAAAUAUUUGGAUUAAAUUGGAUUUAAAGUGGUUUUUAUAAUAGCUCAAAAUGGAAUCAUCAGGAUCUAAAGUGACUCAUUAUUGUGCUGAUGGUGAUGAUGUUGUGAAUUUAAAACAUCGUGAUUGUUGUGAUAUAUAUUGUUCAGUGUUUAAUAAUAAAAAUAAUAAUAAUAGCUAUAUCAACAAUAGGCUUUUAAUGUCAGGAAGAAUUUCACGUACAUUCAAAAUUGCUUGUAUCAUCCUGUUGCUGUCUAUUGGAUUUUCAAGCGUUUUUUCAUCCAAGGAUAUAAAAGUUGAAGCAAGAGUACCAAAAGAAGCUGAACUUGGUGGUAUGAUAGAUAUGAAAUGUGAUUGGGAAAUUUAUGGUGGAAAAAGUCUUUAUUCAGUCAAAUGGUAUAAAGAUGGUCACGAAUUUUUUCGUUAUGUGCCAGAUAAUCAUCCGAGAAUUCAAACAUUUCCACAGCCAGGAAUUAAACUUGAGAAAAUAUCAAGUAGAGAAAAUUCAAUUCGAUUAAUGGAUCUUUCAUUUACAAGUACUGGUCAAUAUAAAUGUGAAGUAUCAACUGAAGGACCAGCUUUUGCAACGUCAUUUAAAACUGGAAAUUUUACUGUCAUAUCAUUACCAGAACGAGGUCCGGAAAUUAAAGGCUUGUCAUCGCAUUACGCAGUUGGUGAAAAUGUUACCGCAAAUUGUACCGCAUGGCCGUCAAUACCAAAAGCAAACUUGCACUGGAGCAUCAAUGGCAAACCGGUACCCCCCGAAUUUACAGUGGUCUAUCCAACAGUGUCACCUGUGCAAGGCAUGGGUAUUCCAAGCACACUUGGUCUGCGGUUAGAAGCUGAAGCACGUCACUUUGUUGGGGCUGGUACAGUAAAAUUUCGUUGUCAAGCUGAUGUCGGUAGCCGUAGAUUUGACACUGAGAAGUUAGUUCAAAUGGCACAUGUCAACAAUCAACGGUUAAGUGCAAGCGAUUUACGUGGUAGUGUCAAAGCCAAUGCAUGCUUUUUAACUAAUAAUAAUUUUAAUUUAAUAAUUAUAACAACAAUAAUUAUUAUUAUUAAUUUAACGUGAUAAAUUUAAUUAUAUAAAUAAUUUUACACAUAACAUUGAUAAUGUUAUAGCUUUAUGUUUCAUUGACUCAAGUCGAAAAGACAAUUUAUUUGGAACAAUAUUUAUUAUUAUAAUCGUUAAAUAAAUUUAUCGUUAAUUACAGUUUAAAUUUAUAAAUAAACUUGACUGAAUGAUGUAUGAAUUAAAUAAAGAGUAUACAUUUAAUUAACAUAAAAAAUUUUAAUGUUAACGGUCAAUGUUUUUACAUUAUAUAUUUAUAAUUAAAAAAAAAUAUAAAACUUAAAUAAACAAUAUAAAAUAAAAAUGUCAUGUUGAAAUUAAAAAACAAUUUGAAAUUGUAUAUAUAAAUACUCUUGAAAAUGUACUUUUAUAUCUUGAGUAUUUGUCGAGGGAUUAGUAAACAAAAAAAAUUUACAGAAAAAAUACAUCAGAGUGGGCUCUUGGCCAAUGCGAGGAUAAAAUAAAUGAAGAAAAACAACACAUAAAAAAAAAUGCAAAAAAAUAAAAUACUAUAGAAUUAAAAUGAAAAAAGUAAUAUAAAAAAAAAAAAAAAAAGCAAUAGACCGAUGAUGUACAUAAGCGUAUGUUGAGUGGGACGUGAAAAUGGUUGACGACCAUGACGCAGUUGUAUCUGGAAAUGAUGUAUGAAGUGUAUGACUCGAAUGAAGGGUAAAAAAAAAAACAAAAUAAUUCGCAUUUACGUCGAGUAAAAUGAAAAUAAAGUAGAGAAAUAGAGAGAGCAUUUCUGAUUGACGUUCAGACAGAUUAAAUAUUAUUAUAAAGAAUUUUUUUUUAUUUUCAAUUUUCACUAUUAUUUAUGUAUUAUUUUAUUUGUUUUUAUCAAGUUAGUGAUAAAAUAACUGAAUAUUUCAUAAAAUAAUUUAAUCCGUUAUAAAUGAAUUUUUUUUUCAAAUAAAAAUAUUCCAUUAUUUAAAGAGGAUAUUUUAUUAAAUUUUGAAUAUUUUUAUUCAUAUAUUUUUUUUGUUUUUUCUAAAUACAAAAGAACCUCUAUUUCUCUUACGAAAUCACGGUUAAAAUUUGCGGUAAACCUUAGUCACGUUGAAUCAACCAAAAAAGAGGUUAAUAAAAAAUUUAAAAAAAAAAAAAAAAUCAAGUAUUCAUCCGCAAAAUGUCACAUAUCCUAACCACUGAUUGCAAUUUGCAAUUUCCACUGAAUAGUAUUCGAUUAGAGAAGCUUCAUGCAUUCAGAGUUUCAAUAGCAAAUUCAAGUUUAUCAAUUUGUGUAUCAGCAUGACCUCAAACUUAAUUCAAGUCAUUUAUGCAACAAUCUUAAAGAUAAAAAAUUUUAAAAAGCCUAAAUGUGGAGAUAUGAGUUCUUAAUUUUUCCUGACAAAGAAAAAUUAUAUAAUAAAUAAAACAUUGACCAUUAACAUCGAAUUAUUAACUCGCAAAGCUCAUAAUGCUCUCUAAAUUUUGUUGAAAAAAAAUUACAACCCUAGAGACGAAAGUAUAACUAUAGUGCGCGUGUGAUAUACAUUCUAAUUAAACUGUAUAAAUAAAAUAAAAGAAAAUUAAUUAUAAAAAAAAACAUACAAAACCGUCGACAUAAAAAUUAAAGAAAAAACAAAAAAAAACAAAUAAAG